UUGUCAAGUCUGCGGUGCUCAGAGGCUUCAGCCACGGCGUGCGACCGGCCGCGUCUUGCCCAGGUGUGGCCAGUCCCAGUUGGUGCGCACUUACGAGUGUGGUUCCCCUCUUCCCCUCUAGAUGGAUUUGAGGACUACGGUCCCUCAUGCGACGGCAUGAGGGUGACAGCCUUCUUGGACGUUCUGGGCCGGGACAACCUGCCUGCACUUGCUCGCCUGGAAAAGUACACUUUCAGCGGCAACAUCUUCAACUGUCAGAUUAUUGCCAGAGGGCUGCUUGAUAUCUUCCGGGACUUCAGUAACAAUGAAGAAGACUUCAUAACGGUAAUGGAGAUCGUGGUCAGAUUGUCAGAAGAUGCAGAGCCCACAGUGCGGGCUGAGCUGCUGGAACAGAUUCCUCCUAUUGCCAUUUUUCUACAAGAAAACAGGUCUGAUUUUCCAGUGGUGCUCUCUGAACAUCUCAUACCCAUCGUGGUGCGGUGCCUCGCAGAUCCAAACAACCAGGUAAUCUGCAAGCUGGCGUCGGUGCUGAGCAAGAGCACGGUUGAGCGCCGGCUGCUCCCUCGAUUCUGUGAGCUGUGUGGUGAUGGGAAGUCGUUCAAGUUCGGAAGGUGGGAAUGUACAGUUUGUGCCACAAAUUUGGGUGAUAUUUGUCGUGCUGUCGGACAAGAAGCCACUGAGAAAUUUUUGCUCCCGCAGUUUUUUGAGCUCUGCUCAGACACUGCGUGGGGGACGAGGAAAGCCUGUGCGGAGUGUCGUGGCGUGUCCCACAGCACGUCCCCCGAGGGCCGCGGGGCCAGGCUCUCGGCGCCCUUUAUCACGCUGAUCAGCGACCCCUGUCGGUGGAUGAGUGCGGCUGCCUUCCAGUCCCUGGGCCCCGUCAUCUUCACCUUUGCCAACCCCUCCAGGGCUGGCCUUUAUAUUCGAGAGGAUGGCACCCUGAGCAUCCGACCACCGGCUCCGGAUUUGGACUCGGGUUUCACCUCCGGGUCACCGGGUGCAGGCAGCCAUGGGAACAUGUCCUCAGCCUGUUCAACAAAGCCAGGCCAGACAGAGCCAGCUCUACCCAUGGAAGACACAUCCACGGACACCAGCAAUUUUCCGUGCGUCAGUAGCUCCUCCAAUGGCCUGACGGAGAAGCCAACGGAAGACUCUGUCUUGGCUGGAGCCGAGGUGACCAGGCUUUCCCCCGAGGCCACGAAGCUCCCCAGUAUUAACGACCUCCCCGUCAACAGCCAUCCUGGACCAGACUCCUGGGCCCGCCCGGGGCAUCCUGAGGACGUUUUCAAUAAUUUCCUUUAUUGGCGAACUCCUCUCCCUGACAUAAGCAAGGACUUAGAGCUGCUCCUGAGCGAGGCUGGCCCGCAGGAGGAAGGUGGCGGCACACCCGAGGCCGUGCAUAGGAGCUGUGUGGCUAGGAGCGAGAUUCAGAGAGUCCUGGAUGGUUUGCAGGAGCAUGUGAUGAACGAUCCAGGUGUGCAAGCUCCAGUUCAGGUGUUGUCAGCUGCACUGGUUGCCGCACAGCUAGACCCUGUGAAUGAGCCCGAGCGCCCGCCGACGGAGGGCUCAAGGAGGCGUCCAGUUCAGAUCCCAGCCCAGCCUCUGGCAGUCAGCCGGCCCCGGCGGCUUCACCCCCGCAGAGUGAGCUCGCCGCGGCCAGGACGUUACAAAGCACAGGUCCAGGUGAACCUGGCAGUGGAACCAGUGGCCAUUUGGAGACUGACCAGAGGCAUGGCUGCAGCCCACUUGAAGAGGAUAAAUCUAAAUCGCAGAAAAAAAUCAUUCCCUGGAGGAAUUUUGAUGGAUGACGCUACGCUGAGGUGCCACGAUGUUGUUCCUGGUGGGAUUAUUUCAUUACAUAUCUGGCAUUAUGAUGGAUGGACGGAACUGGUUUUGGCGGCUGUGGAAGGGGAUUCCAGUAAGCUCCUCUCUGAUCCCAUCACCAGCCUGCGUGUGGCAUCCAAGCAAACUUUUCCUCCAGUGUCCCAUCACCCACCAGCCAGGGGCAUCUGCACUUCUGAACUCACCCAGACGCACGUGCGUGACUCUGUUUACCUCGCCCAGCUGUCUUGCCUCGGUGUUGCAGAAGAUGCUUUCCACCGAACAACAGAUUCGCAGCAUUUUGAUGACAAGCAGUGGAAGAAGUGGAUUUCUCAGAGAGCGUGCAUGGCGCUGUAUGUUGCCUCACACAGGGGUCGCUCGGAGGCUGUUCAGUACCUUCUAGAACACGGUGCCAACUGUCAGGGCAGAUACCCCGUGGGCAGGACGCCCCUGCACGUGGCUGCAGCCAUGAGCCGGCUGGACUGUAUCAGCCUCCAGCUCAACUAUGAGGCCUCCAUCAACGACAGAGAUACCAAGGGGGAGACGCCCAUGUCCCUCGCCUGCCGCCUGAACCGCAGCUAGAGCAGGCGGUGGAUGUUCCUCUUCUACUGGAUGGUGAAGCUGGGGACAAAGGACCCGAUGGACCCUGUCGUGAACAAGGCUUUUCAGAGAGUCAAGGCCGGGUUUGGAUCCAAGAAGGAGAACAAAACGUAGCUCCACCUGGGAAUGUUUGCAUGUCAGCUCUGACGUGGGGUAACGUUCCUGAGUUCAGAUCCACGGUGGCCAGUGGCUCUGGGUUAGCAGGAAGGCCGGGAAACGUGGCAGUUCCUCUGAAUCAGAUACGAAACCAUCUGUCCUAUUUGCAAAUGACUUGAGGAGGGUAUUGAUGGAAGUGGGUGAGUUUGUGUUCAUUUCCUAAAUCCAUCACAGACCUAAUGGGCUCCCAUGCCAGCCUUUAAUUUUGAGCUAUUUGUUCAUUGUAUCCAGUAACGCUGCUUGGGGUGAUGGGAACCAAUUACCUUCUCUCCGGUCUGGACACCAUCUAACACAUUGGCAUAAUAGGGGUAAUAGCCGUGAUGAGAGUAGCUCUGUUGUUACGGUACAAAACCAGCGCAGGCAAACGUCACCAGGUCGUGGGCAGUGUGACCUGUGAAUUUCAGUUUGUAAAAUUCAUGGCACUAGAUGCUCCCUAAGCCAGCAAUGUUCCGGAAGUUUUCCUGAACCUUCCUGGAGGGGUCUGCUGCCUGAGUCUGAGGUGGGGCUGGGGGGAGAAGCCAGGCUGACCUGGGGGGCAUCUAAGAGCUUGGUUCUCCACAGGGGCGCCUGGUUACUCUUGGUGAAAGGUGAUAAGCUGGCCCUGGAUUUGGAGGAGACGGUGUGAAAGGUGGUGAGCUCGUAAGGGAGAGGAUUCGAGCUGGGAGCUGCUUUUUUCCUUUUGUCCCAUCCCCAGAGGUCCAAGCACCCCCCUCCCGCUAGCUUUCUCCUUUCCUGCUAGAACUGGGGUAGCUCCAGCAUCCCUACUGUGGGGCAGUGCCUAUGCUGAACUCUGGGCUCGACACCCACAAAAGCUGCCCUGUGGGUGUGGGAGCCGAGAGGGAGGGCUGAAGGCUGGGGCGGACUGACACGCACACCCUUGUCUGAGGGGGGCACCGUGACUCAGCUGCAGCAGAAAGGCGAGCCAAAGGCAGCUAGAUCUUUGCAGAGCUUCCCAGAGCUGGAAACCUGGCUU